UGCAAAUCGAUAGUCAGUGCAAUCCUCCCAAGUCCCCAGGCGGUGCGCGUUUGUUCUCUCCUCGGCUCCGGAAUGAUCGGCCAGAAGACACUCUACUCAUUCUUCUCCCCGAGCCCCGCCAGGAAGCGAAGUGCCUGCAGCCCCGAGCCGGCCAGCUUGGGGACCGGCGUGGCGGCCUUACCUGAAGACAGUGGGAAUGCGGCAGCCAGCCACGCCAAGAAGGCCCGAGCUGGGCAGGACGAGCCGGGCACGCCGCCCUCCUUGCCGCUGAGCCCGGAGCAGCUGGUUCGCAUCCAGAGGAACAAGGCCGCGGCCCUGCUCAGGCUCGCGGCCCGCAAUGUGCCCGUGGGCUUCGGUGAGAGUUGGAAGAAGCACCUCAGCGGAGAGUUCGGGAAACCCUAUUUUGUAAAACUAAUAGAAUUUGUUGCAGAAGAAAGAAAACAUUACACUGUUUAUCCACCCCCCCACCAAGUCUUCACAUGGACCCAAAUGUGUGACAUAAGAGAUGUGAAGGUUGUUAUCCUGGGACAGGAUCCAUAUCAUGGACCCAAUCAAGCACAUGGGCUCUGCUUUAGUGUUCAAAGACCUGUUCCACCUCCACCCAGUUUGGAAAACAUUUAUAAAGAACUGUCUACAGACAUAGAUGGUUUUGUUCAUCCUGGCCAUGGAGAUUUGUCUGGGUGGGCCAAGCAAGGUGUUCUCCUCCUCAACGCUGUCCUCACUGUGCGGGCCCAUCAAGCCAAUUCUCAUAAGGAGAGAGGCUGGGAGCAGUUUACCGAUGCAGUUGUGACCUGGCUAAAUCAAAACUUGAAUGGCCUUGUCUUCCUGCUCUGGGGCUCUUAUGCUCAGAAGAAGGGCAGUGCCAUUGAUAGGAAGCGGCAUCAUGUACUGCAGACCGCUCAUCCCUCCCCAUUGUCAGUGUACAGAGGCUUCUUCGGGUGUAGACACUUCUCUAAGACCAAUGAGCUGCUGCAGAAGUCCGGCAAGAAGCCCAUUGACUGGAAAGAGCUAUGAUCCUCAACUGAGGCUGGUCUGUCUCCAUUGGCGGUUUCAGAGAAGCUGCUUGUGAAGAAUUUGUCAGUUACAAAGUCAAAUUGAAAUUUUCCCUAUUCUUAAAAACGCUGCAUAAGGGGGAGAAACUUCCAUAAAGCUGCCGUGAACCAGGUUGCCCAGGAGGGUAGCUUCAUCCACCCAGACCCAGCAGAGACUACCCUUGGGCCGAGUGUCUUCCUCUGCUCUGUGCCUUCAGUCCGAAGUGUGCAUGGUGAGGUCAGAUGCUCACUUGGCUGUCACCUCCCUUUUGGCUAAAAGGGGGAGGUGCACAGCCUUUUAGUGUAGCAAAUACUUCCAUGCCUGCUGCUAGUUGUUGCCUGGUAGGUUAGGUGUUCAGUUAUAAGUGUUGGGGUAUUAUUCUUGGCUUACAAGAUCCCCCACCUUCACCCUGUACUUAGCUCAGCCCGUACUCUGGGCUCUGUUAGGUACACUGCCAUGUUGAGGAGCCCUCAGGCCCCUCCUUGAAGCAUAAGGAUGAUUUGCAGGUUUCUAGAUUGGUAGCCAGAAAUUAGAGAUCAGUUAUUUGUAGUAGGGGAGAAGAUUCCUAAGGAAUAAUUCUUGGGGAUAGGAGAUAAGAGAAGUGAGCUGGAUGUUGUUUACCCUGUUGUUAUUCUUUGGUUUCAAGGAAUAAGUAAUGGAAGAUGAACAAGAGGAGAAAGGGGGAUUUUUUUUUCCUUUAAUUGGAGGGGGUGAUUUUCUUGUAGGUUAUCCUGAGUUGGGGUUUUUAGAGCUGCACAGACUGCCAAAUGCUAUUUUUUAUGGACUGAAAUAACUUUGGGAUAUUUUUCCUAUAACACUGGAAAAUUUUACUUUUAAAAAACCCACACAGAUGUAUAUAUUUUUCAAUCCUCUUCUAAGAGACAAUCUUUAUUGGGUCUGUUAACCUCCAUGCUUGAUCUUGUCAGAGAUGCCGUUUUUGCUGUUAGUAGGGUUAAAGAGUUAACCCUGUAGUGAGUUUGGUAAUAAAGAUUGUUGACAUUG